CAAGCUCGAAUACCUCUACACUGUAGCCAUAUUGGUUGACCUGCGCUGUAGCUUCCCUUGUAUACUAACUUGUCGGAUGGCAGGCUCUCCUUGGGGGAACAAUCAAUACCCGCCAUAUCCUGUUCAAUAUGCGCCGGCCGCAGCUGCACCAUCGUUUGACCCGCGAAGAGUGCCCUAUGCGCCUCCACCACCCGCCACGAGAUUCUACAAUGGUGCUGUAAUGCCCCGCCAGCCAAGCGUCACGGAUAUGCGUGCGUUGCGAGGGAUGGCGAUGAUGGCAAUGCCGCAGCCCAGCAUCCCGCCUGUCUUGCAGCCGGGCGCGGAACCGCGUUCGCCGCCGUACGCUGCCUUCAGGAGCAACUCUGGCGACCUAUCGGGUGACUUAUUCUUCGACGGCCCCCCGCGCAUGCCUAUCCCGCAAAUGUACAACACUCCGCUGCCGCAGGCAUCACCCCAAAUACGGUACACUGCGUCUGCACCUCUGCCGCCCCUGCCCAAGAAGCCGAGUUUCGACGUCCCACCGCUGCCUCCUAAGCCAACGAAGACAUCGCCACCCGGUGCGCUGCCGCUUUACUCACAAGCCCUCAACGGCUUAAGUACGUUCUCCGAGCCGAGCACGUCGUCGCCGCAGACGCCAAGGCUGGAUAAUGUUACUGAGAGUGUUGACCCCGCACUCCCGCCAGCGGAGGAAGACGACGUCGCGUUGCAGGCUGCGCUCGAGCAGUCAAAGGGAUAUGCGGAGGCGGCGAGAAGGCGUGAGGAAGAGGAGCUAGCGAAAGCCAUGGCAGAGUCGUUGACGGUGUCGCCGCGUCGAGAGUCUGCACAAGUGUCACCCAUUGCGUCCGGCUCGGGAUCAUCAUAUUAUGAGAAAGGACCAUCGUCAAGCGCAUCUACAUCAUUUGGCUCUGGGUUCCCCUUCCCGGCACCGACGUCCACGAUUUCUUUCGUGCAGACCCCAGAGCCCGCCUCACUGUCUGCGCCAGUCGUCUCUCCUCCGGUGCUCACGUCCAGCCCUACAAGCAUGUCCCAACAAAUUCUAGACGACGAGGCGCUUGCACGUCAACUCGCGGAGGAAGAGGAGCGGCUGGCGCGACAGAAACAGGACGAAGAGCGGGCGAAGGCGCUGGCCGACGCCCAAGCGGCAGAACAAGCGCGCAAAGUCGCGGCAGAGCUUGCGCUGCCUCCCCAUCCGCCAGAGUACCAAGCAGCGGAUCCUCCCUCUUUCCCGCCCUCGCCACUUACAGCCCCGGAGGACCUAGCACUACCCUCUCCCGAGUCGGGCGGCAGUGAAACGCCGUUCCCUCUGCGCUCCACCGUGUCAAGCCCGGACAUCCACCGACACAGCGGCUCUACACACUCUGGUGCACCGCUCUGUGAAGAUAACGUUCGGGCAGGACGGUCUCAAUCCUUCGGCGCAUAUAGUGCCAGUUCCCCAGGGAUCAAACUACCGCUACCACACUCACCUUUGAAUCGUCCGAGAUCUUCUGGUGCUUCUCCAAACCUACCAUCCGUCCCCGAGACGGCCAACAGUGUUAACUCGCAUUCAGGCGAGAAUGCUUCGAGCACUGAACACACCAACAGUUUGCCCGCUUCCCCCGGCGACAACGAUGUUGCCCCUCGGUCGACGAGUCAGUAUGUUGACGCUGAGCUGCUACGUGGAGUCUCGAUUGGGUUCAAUCCGCCCUCUAUCUCAUCUGUCUUGACUCCAAUGGAUGGGCCGAUACCAAACGUGAUUGCCCUCCCAUACGGACGUGCUCCGCCAUUGCACAUCAAGGCUCCCAACUGGCGUGACAUGCUCAAGCUCAUGGCUAGGCUGAGUAAUACGAGACUGGAACCUACGGUGGAAGCGAUGGCUGUUGUGAAGACCGCGAUGCACUUGCGAGCUGUGGUCAAUUUCGUGAAGGUGCACGCGUCUUCAAGCGAUUGGCACGUUGUUCUGUAUAUGACGAUUGACUAUCCAAUCCCGGACGGCCACCGGUACAAGUCGCGAAAUCAGAACGACCCCGCGCUGUUACCGUAUUCUUAUACACUUUCGCCCACCCCGGCCUUCUUGCGCGAGAGUGCCGACAGCCCGCUGUCCAAGUGGUACUGUAUCCCUGCAACACCACAGAACGCGUACCCAACGUUGCCAGUGUCCUUCCCAGACCUCGCGACGUACUUGAUGAACGCUCUCGAGGACAGCCGGCGAGCCAUGCACGACCGCUCCAGCGGGUGGAGCCGGCUGGCAAAAGCGAUAGACACGAUCUACCCGAGCCGUGCGGGCGCAGGCGACGAAGAUACCGAAGAGAGAGCGCGCUUCACGGAUCGUGUCCGUGGCUUCUUCGGGCGUGGGAGCAGGCAGAACCGUCCUGCGAACGAUGACCGGUCUGACCUCGUCACGCCGUUCUAUGCAGACGACUUUGGACGAUAGCAUGCGCCGCAAGAGCAGCGAUGUCCACUGACAUACAUGGAAAGUUGUUAGACACGGGGUUGCGUCAGCGAAAAUUGGACCUACGCGAUGCCCUGCAUUGGAUAAGACUUUGGAUCGUUAGGCCUUUAGGUCGUGUAUCCCUUGUACGAACGGAUUGACAUGGCGUCAUUCAGGGUUGCUACUCUCCGAUACCGUUGCCACAUGCAGCUGCGUUCACCUCAGUAUACCACAUACGUAUCCUUGCUGUGUGUUUGGCUUUGCAUCACUGUAUCACGUCCUUGAAUCUUGUUU